CGCUGGUUUCGUGCAGAGCUUGUCGUUUGAUCUGCAAUGCGGGAUGGGAAUUCGAUACCCAUUGGCGGUUUCAACACCCGACGAAAGGCGAUCCGCUCUAUAGCAAUGGAGAAGAGAGGUUUAACACCCCAUCGCGCGCCCGCCACGCACUCGCUUACAUUUCCUAGUCGCGAAGCCGUUGAAUGCGCCGCAUUCUUCGAGUGCGACUGUUCCUGUGCUUUCUAUACCGCCGAUGAUCUCAACACACAUAUCUUCUGGUUCCAUUCUCGCAUCCCCGAAUACCGGUGCCCGGAGCUCUCCUGCCCCACUCCGGACGAGCGUUUCCGAGGCAUGGAACUCCUGGACCACUUGAUGAUUAUCCACCCCGAAGCACCCGAUGCAGGCUUCGACAUGGCCGGACGCGGCCCGGUGCGGUGUUGGAACGCCAGGUGCCUCUACCCCGAGCGCGCGUACGAGGGCAUCGAGGCGGCGCGGCAUUUUGAGCGUUGCUACGGGGAGACUCAGGGGAUGGAAUUUAAGCAUGCGAUGCAUGUGGACCCCCUCGCAUUGAGCUUAAUUAGGGAUAUACGGUCCCUCUAAUGGUACA